AUGUCCACUAGACCGUUGCCUAACAUUGUGAUUACUGGUACGCCGGGGUGUGGUAAGACGUCGCAUGCUGAGCAAUUGUGUAGAGAGGCACCUGCGUUUAAGCAUAUAAACGUCACGGAGUUUGCGAAGGCGUACGACUGCUUUGAUGGGUACGACGAGGAAAGAAAGUGCCAUAUUGUGGACGAGGAUAAGCUGUGUGAUGCACUGGAGCCAAUGCUGGAGCAAGGUGGCAUUGUGAUCGACUGGCACGCUUGCGACUGGCUUCCAGAGAGACUUGUAGACCUCGUUAUCGUUCUCAAGACAGAUAACGGGAUCCUAUACGAUAGAUUGGAGAAGAGAGGGUACCCACAGAGUAAAAUCGACGAGAACAUCGACUGUGAGAUCAUGGAGGUCAUUGCUAACGAGGCCAGAGAGUCAUAUGCGCCAGAGAUCGUCAUCGAGCUGCAAUCCAAUACUACAGAGGAUAUGGAUGAGAACGUUCACAGAAUCGUGUCUUGGAUAGAUACCUGGAAGAUCAAUAACCCUGCUGGUGCAUCUAAUGAGCUUCCUAUGUAA